CAGGGGGCAACCUCCUUCUCCACGUUGCCUGGAUCACAGCUCAAGCACAGCCAAAAAUGUCGUUUAUGGAAAAGCUCUUCAACGUAUGGGGCCAAUCCUUCUUUAUUCCCGCGCCUCCUCUCACUGGCAAGGAGCUUGGGGACCAGAGCGGUAGAGUCUUCAUUGUCACGGGCGGCUAUGCCGGUGUUGGGAAAGAGUUGGUGCAGCUCCUCUACUCCAAGAAUGCCACCGUCUACAUCGCCGGGCGCACGAAAAAGAAGGCCGCCGAGGCCAUCAUGGACAUUGAAGAUGCCGUCCCUAUUUCUGACGGCCGCAUUGAAUUCCUUCUCCUCGACCUCUCCGACCUGGUAACCAUCAAAAAGUCCGCAGAGACUUUUAUGAAGAGUGAACAGCGCCUGGACGUUUUGGUGAACAAUGCCGGCGUCAUGAUGCCGCCCAAGGGUAGCAAGACUGAAGAGGGUUACGAGCUGCAGAUGGGCACAAACUGUCUCGGCCCAUUUCUUUUCACGCAGCAGCUCCUGCCGAUACUCAAGAAGACUGCCGCAAUGGCACCACCUAACAGUGUGCGCGUGACCUGGGCGGCCUCAAUAACCAUUGACUUUGCACCUGUACACGGCGUUGAGUUUGACAAGAAGGGAAUGCCGGUCGUGAGCCCACAGCAGCAGAUAAAUUACGCGCAAAGCAAGGCCGGAAACGUUUUCCUUGCCUCCGAAUUCGCGCGGCGUUAUGCCCAGGAUGGCAUCCUAAGCGUCUCUUUCAACCCAGGUAACUUGAGGACUGAACUUCAACGUCAUACCGGAAUUCUUGGAAUGAUCCUCAAUUUUAUCCUCUGCUACCCUGCUGUUUUCGGUGCUUAUACCGAGCUUUUUGCCGGUUGGUCACCGCUGAUCACCAGCACAGCCUACAACGGAGGUUUGGUCGUGCCUUGGGGUCGCCCACACACGCCGCGGCAGGGCCUCCUGCAGGCUCUUCGCGGUAACCGCGAAGGCGGUUACGGCAUUGCGGAGAAGUUCUGGGACUGGUGCGCCAAGGAGACUUCCCGAUGGGUAACAGAGGAGUAAGAAGGACAGGGUGUGAUCAACACCAGAAGGGCUUAUCCGUAUCUAUUAUGGUAAACAGCGUCAUGAGUU